CUGCAGCUAAUAUUUGCGUAUUUUUCAGGAAAAAAAACACGGAAAAUUUUUGUAUUCAAUUGCCUACUGUCUUUUGAUUCGCUUCAAGAAAUCGUGAAAUAUCCGGAUAAAGGCUACUCUUCCGAAACCAACGAAAAUAUAGCUGCUGUGAUGGCGCAAAUUGCGAGGAAAGUGAAAAAACUUGCUUCAACGCAGCUUUUCAACCUGAAAGUUCUCCUGAACGGCCGUGGAUUAUCGAAAUUCAAAAAGCGUUAUAAACUGCAUGGAGAACUUGGCCGUGGCGGAUUUGGAAUCGUUUAUCGUGGCUUUCGCAUUUGCGAUGAACUUCCGGUCGCUGUUAAAUUUAUUGACCGGAACCAAGUCCGUGACUGGGGAAAGAUGGAUGACGAGCGAGUGCCAAUGGAGAUUUGUAUGUUAGCGCGAUGUGUGAAUGUUCUGGGAGUGAUCAAGCUACUGGACUGGUACAGCACGCCGGAAGGAUUUCUGAUCGUGAUGGAACGCCCUUAUCCAUGCGUUGAUUUAUUCGAUUUUAUCAAAAGCCACAAGAAGCUUGACGAAGAUCUCGCAAGAUUUCUAUUUCGACAGAUAGCAUUCACAAUUCGCAAAUGCGCCCAACAGAAAGUGUUGCAUCGGGACCUCAAGGACGAAAAUAUCGUUAUUGACUUGGUGACUGGCGAAACAUCUCUGAUUGAUUUUGGCGCCGCAACAGUGCUCAAGAAGGGUCAUUACACGGAUUUUCAAGGUGCAGCUAGCUGUCCCUUUUUGCUUUGUUUCCCCAGUCCUUUUAUUUUCCUCCUCACUUCUCUGUUCUUUUUUAUUUGUUUAUUAUCGUUUAUUUGUUUC